GGCUGCCUGCUGGUGGGGACACGCGACCAGGGCUGGGCUGACCACUGUGGGUGCCGAACCCCAAGGCUCCGGGAAGAGGCAAAGCCCCUGGCUGCUGCUCCCCACCACAAAAACCUUGGCUCAGAAAAGAAGUCAUGUGGAGCCCAGAAUAGCUCCUGCCGGACCUCGUGGCCAGGCCAGGUUCCAGCUGGGGGCGCAGUGGCCCGGCCUCCAUCUCUCCGAGUUUCCCUCCUCUUGCCUUUUCUGCCUGCAGCUUCAGCUUCUCCUCCUCCUGUUUCUUGCCUUUCCCCGCAUGCUCAUGAGCUGGUCCCUGGAACAAUGCCGGGGGCAGGGACAGCCUGGGGAUGACAGACACACCCUCUGUGCCAGGCUGGUGGUAAGGCCCAGCAGAGGCUCUGAGGAGUCCCCAGAGUCUGGCCUAGGACCCAUCAUCACCCGCACGGCCUCAGGACCUGCCCUCGCCUUCUGGCAGGCGGUGCUGGAGGGGGACGUGGGCUCCGUCUCCCGCAUCCUCUCUGACUCCAGUACUGGCCUGGCUCCUGAUUCCGUCUAUGACACCAGCGACCCAGAGCGAUGGAGGGAUUUCCGCUACAACAUCCGUGCUCUGAGACUCUGGUCCCUGACAUACCAAGAGGAGCUAACUACGCCCCUGCACGUGGCGGCCAGCCGUGGCCACACGGAGAUCCUGCGGCUGCUGCUGCGGCGACGGGCUCGACCAGACAGCGCCCCCGGGGGCCGCACCGCCCUGCACGAGGCCUGCGUGGGGGGUCACACGGCCUGUGUCCAAGUGCUGCUGGUAGCAGGCGCCGACCCCAACCUCCCUGACCAGGAUGGGAAGUGCCCCCUGCAUCUCUGCCAGGGACCUGGCGCUCUCCAGUGUGCGGACCUGCUGCUGAGGUUCGGGGCACGUGUAGACGGUCGGACUGAGGAAGAGGAGGAGACCCCCUUGCACACUGCUGCCAGGCUUGGCCAUGUGGAGCUGGUGGACCUGCUGCUAAGACGGGGUGCAUGUCCCGAUGCCCGCAAUGCCGAAGGCUGGACGCCGCUGCUGGCUGCCUGUGACACUCGCUGCCAGUCCCCCGCUGACGCUGAGGCCACCUCGGCACGCUGUCUCCAGCUGUGCCGCUUGCUGCUCUCGGCAGGAGCUGACCCCGACGCCGCCGACCAGGACAGGCAGCGACCCCUGCACCUUGCCUGUCGCCGGGGCCACACGGCCGUGGUGGAGCUGUUGCUAUCCUGUGGUGUCAGUGCCAAUGCCAUGGACUAUGGGGGACACACGGCCCUACACUGUGCUCUGCAGGGCCCUGCUACAGCCCUGGCCCAGACCCCGGAGCAUGUAGUACGGGCUCUGCUCAACCAUGGUGCCGUCCGAGUGUGGCCCGGGGCCCUGCCCAAGGUGCUGGAACGCUGGUGCUCCUCCCCGAGGACCAUCGAGGUGCUGAUGAACACCUACAGUGCCGUGCGGCUACCCGAGGAAGCGGCGGGCCUGAUCCCUCCUGAAACACUGCAGAAACACCAGCACUUCUACUCCUCGCUCUUCGCCCUGGUGAGGCAGCCGAGAUCCCUGCAGCAUCUGAGCCGUUGUGCGGUGCGCGCACACUUGGCGAGCUGCCUGCCCCUGGCCCUGCCCCGCCUGCCCCUGCCUCACCGCCUGCUUCGCUACCUGCAGCUCGAGUUUGAAGACGUGCUGUACUAGCUGCCUCAGGGCCUGCGGACACUCGGAAGCCAGGCCUCUCAUUCCAGAUGUGCACUGCCUGUGGGGUCUGAAGCAGAUGGUGCAGCCUGAAGCAGGUGGCCCCAUUGGCAGCAGGUCACUCUCUGCAGGGAUGCUCUGACCCUCACCAGAGAGAGGUGGACAUGUUACAGCGGCCAGGUGACAUCUGAUGAAGACAGAGCAAGUGACAUUUUCUCAGGGCUCCCCAGACACCCCUUCUAGGCUAUGCAAAGCCUGUGUGUACAUUAAAGUCUCCAGGAUAUUUGUUGCUUUUCCCAACAAGUUUUGCUCAGGCAAGCUCCCUGGCAAAGGUAGUUGGGAUGGGCACUUGCUUGGUCCCCCACAUUGCCCUGUGUAACAGAUCCCCUACCUUCUUCUUUUGCCACUCACCAGCUAUGGAGGAGGCCCAGGUCAACCUGUCCUGCAUUUGUUGUCCUGUGAGAUAAUGAAUAACCACCAAGUAAGAGUGCAUUGUCAGGGGCUGGAUGAUGCAGUGCCUGCCUGGCAAGCCCGAGGUCAUGAGCUCGAUUCCCUCUAUCCACACAUACAAAAAGUCUCUGCAGCUACUCUGCCUAAGUACUGCACCGGGUAGUUUCCGCAGAUCUUCCAACUGCUCAGGGGCUCAGCCACAGGUCUGGGACCCCUUCCAACCAGCAAAACAGCCAACUUGGAGCCCCAUGGAGGUAGACGAGGCAAAGGCCCGAAGAGUGGGUGGUGCAGAGGGGACUUAAUGGUAAGGGACCGAGCAGGAGCUGUCCAGGAGCCACAGAACAGCCAAUCAACUGCACCGUGAUCCGUGACAUCAGGAGUUACUAGACAGUUCCCUGGCUUCAGGAUGCUCACGCUGGAACACACAACUUUCCCCUCCAAAUGCUGCUGACUGCGUGGGGCUUGACGGGGCAGGUCUGUAGGAGGGGCACCUGUCUAGGUGAGGGACGGGUUCUAGAGACAAUGUGAGUUCAAAAUCCCAGAUGUCAUGGACAAGCAGAGCGGAAGUGAGCGGCCCAGGACCACCCUGCGGGAAAGACGCCAGACCAGCACCAUUCUUGAUGUGGUGGGGGGCAAGACUGGAGGGGUUUCCAAGGUGUCUGCUGGGGGCUGGCCCCUUACUGCCAGGGUUUUCUGUGCAGGGUCUACUGUGGGCCACUUGGGACAUUUCGUGUACACCCCACGGUUGGUGGGGUCCCCAUACCGGUUUGCUCCUUGCAGCUGCAGGCCUCACAGGCUCAUGGUGCCUGGGAUUCCCAGCCUUGCCUGCUGCCAAGCCAACAGGAACAGGUAUCUUGUGGGAGAAGCCAAAGGAGACACAGAGGGCGAUGUGACAGCACCAGGGAACUAUUUUAAACAGUGACAAGGAAAGGCUUUUUUUUUUUUUUUUUAUCGGUACCAGAGACCGAACUCAUGACCAUACACUUGCAAGGCAGGCACUUAUGCCACUGAGCUAAAUCCCCAGCCCUAGUGAUAGAGGUUUUUUUUUUUUCCUUGGAAAGUCACUUGUUAAGGAGGUGACUUUUAACUUGAAGUCUAAAGAUGAGGAACCAGACCUGUGUGCAAGGAGUGAGGAGGAGCAGGAGAGCUCCCUGAGCAACAGAGGCCUCAGAAGAUCACUUUGAGCUAUGCAUAGAGGCACCUGCCUGUGCAUUCUCAGAGGCUGAGGCAAGAGGAUCACCAGUUUAAGAUCACCUGAGCAAUUCAACAAGACCCUGUCUCAAAAAAAGAGUACAAAAUCCUUAGGUUUAAUCUCUGAUGCCACCAAAAGGGAAAAAAACCCACUCUGGCUGGCUGCUGAGUGGCUUCGGGUUGAGGAGGCCAUAGAGAAUUGGGGAGACCUUUUGGGGGUGACUGCAGUAGUUCAAGCAAGAAGUGGGAUAGUAUGUAGUAGAAAAGAUUUGGGGUCCUCUAAGGGAACUUGACUGUGGGGCUGGAGGAGAGCUUUGGAGUGACUUUGGAUGGACUGGAAAUAGAGGAAGUGUUUGUUCCAGGGGCUUUGCGCUCAGAGUGGGAGAGACUACCCCUGACUGUCCCUGCAGCAGGAGGGAUGACAUGAAGCUGGUGGGACUUGCCUUCCUGCCACUCAGGGACUGGAAGGGACCACUGAAGGGCAGGGACACUUGUGCCUCAGGACCACCUGCCUACUGGGCAAAGGACACCCCUUAGCUUUUGGGGAACAGCUGGGACUUGUUAAUGGAGCACAGACAAGCUGGAGCCCUCCUGGUCUUUUGGGUUUGGACAGCUGAGCAGAUGCUGCUGCUAACUCCUAAGGUCGGGGAAGCAGGACCAGGAAAAUCAGAAGGACUGUGCUGGCUCUCCUCAGUGGGCCAUCUGGCAGACAUCACAGGGGCCGUGUUCACAGACAGUGUGGACCUUUGAAUGCGGAGGGCAGAGGAGAGGGCAGGUCUGGCUGAAUAAACAGGCUGCAAAAAAAUGUUCAAGAGAUCCUGAUUCUGAGGGAACAGCUUUCCUAAGGGUUCCACUUAUGACUUUUGAUGGAAUUCUAUUUUAGUCCUGCCACACUUUUCUUGUUUUUGCUUGAUUGUGUUUGUUUUGUUUUGUUGGCAGGGCCUCACCAUUUGGUCUAGGCUGGACUUGAACACACAAUGUAGCCCAGGUUGGCCUCAAACUUGCCAUCUUUCUGCCUCAGCCUCCUGGGAAGGUGUUCACCAUUGUGCCUGGCUCACUGUCCACUCUUGCUCCUUCAUUUGGUGCUUCCUGAGCCCUACAUGUUAGUAGUGGACACAGGGAUGCGCCUGAGACAAACUUCUGCCCUAGUGAAUUCUCAGUCGAUCCCAGAAGCGGUGGGGAAUUAAUCACAACCCAAGGAGCACUGAACAGACGGUGAAUGACUGUGGGAUUGGGGAAUGAGAGCAAAGAGGAAGGCGAGGAGCCGGGUAGGGAUCCAGUAAGGCUUCCUGAGCACCGUGCUUGCGAUCUGGGGAUGAGAGGAGAGGGGCUCGUGCCCUGCAUGGAAGGUGUUGGGGGUGACUGAUAUGGGAGGGAAAUAAAGGUGGCCUUGCCGUGGUCGGUAUGUGGAGGUCGUGCCUAACAUUCGUGGCUUUGCAAGGUUAUGCCCGAGGUUCCCUCUGGGGUCAGACGUCAGACACUGGCAAGUCAGGGAGCCUCCUCCCCAGCCUCCCGGCUGUUGGUCCCGCGGGCCCAGAACCUCUCCCCGGUAAUUGCUUUCCAUAAUGUGUUUGCUCCAAACCAAUUUCACGCCUCCGUGAGGACUCCGCCCUGCACUAGAGGCGCGGACCUCCCCACCACAAGCCUCCCCGCGUGUGCACGCGUGGGCUCACACACACAUAGACACACACACACACACACACACUCACAACGCAGGGCGACAGAUGCACUGGCCCAGCAAACAUGCAGGAGCCUACAGGCACACACACUAGACUUUAAGACACUGGUGUCCAGUCCCCGCCCCGUUCCGUCCAACCGGUGCAUUCACAGCGAAAUACCCAGAGUUUAGCUAGCUCUCCGGGUCCCCUUACUUUGCCCCGAGCGCGACUCCUGCCUAACGCCAGGGGCCGCUGCAGCACCCCACGCCUCCCUCGCGGUGACUGCAGUGGCGCGCCGCUGCCACCAGAGGGGACCCGCGCACAGAACCCGGCACUGCCCGUCGUACGCGGACUCUCGCCAGCGGAUGAGUGAGUGAGCCCGAGGUCCACACCUGUUGGCUUUGACUUUGGAACGUUUUGCUCGUUAGAACCCCCUAGGCGGAGGUCCCAGUGUCUGGAGAGGGCAGAUGAGGUCCCACACAACUAGCCGAGUUCCGUGCAGGGAUCCAGUAGGAAAAGCCGAGUUUCCUACGGGGAGGAAUUUGCGAGCCACAGCAUCUGUCCUUGGUACUGAUGACAGAGCCGCUGAUUUCCGGAAAGGUGAGUCCUUCCAUUCUGGACCACUCUGCCCUUCGCCUGUUCACGGCUGGAAGAACGCAUUCUGCACGGUGCUCCCUGUUACGUGUUCCUUGGCUUUCGGCUGCACAGAGUAGAAGAUAAUCACUCUCGCACACAGGAGUAAGUCGAAGGCCCCAGGUCCCCAGAUCCUUUUCCGUCCACAAGUGGUCUUUGUAUUUGCCAUGGGGCCUCCGUUGCACCCAGGAUGUAAGGGCAGCGAAAGGAAGUGGCCACAACAGUGGCCACUAAGCCUGUGACAGUAGCUACUGAAUGCCAAGGACCCCAAAGAAGCCACACGUCAGGAACCGUGCGGUCAGGGAGCAGACUGAAGAUACAGAUGGGUUAGAAUAUACAGUGUGGACCAUGGUAUUUCACAAGCGUGAGUCACACCAGAUCAAUGCCAAGUCCCCAAGGUCUCACUGGUCAGUCCAGAGCUGCUGGCCCACUGGGAUGUGCUGGCACCAACCUGUACUCUCUCUGCCUGCUCAUUUUUCCUCGUGGUUGUGAGCAAUAACUUUUGUCAUGACCUAAGUGAUGCCUUCACGCCUUCACUAUCGGAGACUCUCUACCCCUGACAGUGCAGGGUCCAUUAGGUACCACCAGAGAGCGACAAGCUUCCUGAAGUGGACUUUUACUGGUGAGACUGGAGGGAGGGAGAGCAAUUUCGAUGUAGAUAUCCUUUUGAGCUUUUGGAAUUUUGUACUAUCUGAUUUUAUUACCUUUGCGAAAAUGAAUGUAAUUACUUUUAAAAA